AUGGCGAUGCCGCGCAGCGCGCCGGCGGAGCCAGAUGAAAGUGCGUCGCGCACGAAGCUCCUCGUCGGCGGCAUCGCUGCCUUCCUGCUCCUCGCCAUUAUCAUCGGCACGGCGGCGUUCAUCGUGUCGGAGAGGGCCGAGGACGAGGGGGACACGGACAAGAAAGCGAUGGCCGCCACGAUGCGCACCGUGGACCUCUUCUGCUCGCCCACGGACUACCAGGCCACGUGCAAGGAGACGCUGACCAAGCCGCUGGAACGUUCUAACAACCAGGUCGACCACCCGCACGCCGCCGCCGCCGCUGCCAUCACCGCCGUCGGACGGGAGCUCGCGCGCGGCUUCAACGAGUCGUCGCUGCUGGAGGCCGUGCGCCAGAGCAACGACACGCUGGUCCACGAGGCCCUGCUCGACUGCAAGAUGCUCCUGGACGACUGCGCCAACGACGUAACCCGCGCGCUCUCCACCGUCGCGUGGCGCGGCGUCGACGGGCCGGCUCAGGACCUCCAGGCCUGGCUGAGCGCGGUGAUCACGUUCCAGGGCUCCUGCGUCGACAUGUUCCCCAAGGGCGAUGUCCGCGUCCAGAUCAAGGAGAUCAUGGAGAAGGCGCGGGAGAUCUCUAGCAAUGCCAUCGCCAUCAUCCAGCAGGGCGCUGCCCUCGCGGCCAUGCUCGAAAUCGACGCCGGCGCCGAAGUCACCCUCGCCAAGGACGCGGACGACGACGACGACGACAAGGACGACAACGACGAUACCCCCGCCGAGCAAAGCGACGGCGAGCGCCAGCUCCAGGAGUCCAUGUCCGACGUCCCCACGUGGGUGCCCAGCGAGGACCGGAGGAUUCUCGAAGAGGCGGAAGAAGAACGCAAUGGCGUGCUCACGCCGAACGUGACAGUGGCCAAGGAUGGCUCCGGCGCCUUCACAAACAUCUCGGCCGCCUUGGACGCGUUGCCGAAGAAUUACAGCGGGAGGUAUGUGAUUUACAUCAAGGAAGCGGUGGACGGAGACAGGUUCAUGGCGGUGAAGAUGGGGAUCCGGAACACGGCGGGGGACGAGAAGCAGCAGGCGAUUGCGGUGCGCGUGAAGGGCGACCGGGCCGUCUUCUUCAACUGCCGGAUCGACGGGCACCAGGACACGCUCUUCGCGCAGGCCUACCGCCAGUACUACCGCAGCUGCAUUGUCUCCGGCACCGUGGACUUCAUCUUCGGCGACGCGGCCGCCGUGUUCCAGCGCUGCGUGCUGCUCGUCAAGGACCCGCUCCCGGGGAAGCCUGGCGUGGUGACCGCGCACGGCCGCCGCGACCGGCAGCAGACCACCGGCUUCGUCCUGCACCGGACCCGCAUCGUGGCCGAUGAGGCCCUCGCCAGCAAGUCGUCGACGGUGAAGACCUUCCUGGGGCGGCCGUGGAAGGAGUUCUCGAGGGUGGUGGUGAUCGAGUCGGUGAUCGACGGGUUCGUGCACGCGCAGGGGUACAUGCCGUGGGAGGGCAAGAACAACCUGGGCACGGCGUUCUACGGCGAGUACGCCAACGUCGGGGACGGCGCCAACAUCACGGCGCGUGAGGAGAUGAAGGGGUUCCACGUGCUCAACAAGGAGAAGUCCAAGGUGUUCACGGUGGAGCGCUUCCUGAACGGCGGCGAGUGGAUACCGGAGACGGGCACGCCGGUGAGGCUAGGGCUGUUCGGCUGAGAUAUACAGAUGGGUGGAGUGUGUUCAUCGAUCCGUGUGUACGAAUGCGUUGUUAGGUUCACCUGUAAUGUAAUGUAUGUACAGAAUACAGUCAAAAUAGUGACCUCAAAAGAGAAGUGCCUACUGCGUGAAGAGGAAAGUUAA